GAGCCGCCCCCGAGGGAAGCGCUGGAGCCUUUAUUAGCGAAGCGGGAAUACAGAGCACGGCGCGGCCCCAGAAGUGACAACUGCCGGGGGUUUGGGGUGUCCCCAGGGCACCCCAGGGCUGGAACUGUCCCUGCACGGGGGGACCAAGGGGUGUGGGGGUCACCCUGGUUAUUGCUGAAAGCUGGAGGGGCUGGGGGCCACGGGAAUGGGGGAGCCCACGGUCAUGGGGAGAGGGUGCUGGGGUCCCAAAAACUGCCUGGGAACCCCAAAAACUGCACGGGAAUGGGGGCACGAAUCCCAAAAACUGCACUGGGAUCCCAAAAACUGCCUGGGAAUGGGGGCACUGGGAUCCCAAAAACUGCCCGGGAACCCCAAAAACUGCACGGGAAUGGGGGCACGAAUCCCAAAAACUGCACUGGGAUCCCAAAGACUGUACUGGAAUGGGGGCACUGGGAUCCCAAAAACUGCCUGGGAAUGGGGGCACUGGGAUCCCAGAAAUUGCACUGGUCCCAUGGGAAUGGGGGUCCCACAGUUGUGGUGGUCCCGUGAGAAUCCUAAAAACCAGGCUGGUCCCAGAGUCACAGGGAUCCCGUGGGAAUGGGGAUCCCACGGGAAUGGGGAUCCCAUGGGAAUAGGGAUCCCUUGGGAAUGGGGGGUCUCAGAAUCACAGGGAUCCCACAGGAACAGGGAUCCCUUGGGAAUGGGGGUCCCACAGUUGUGGUGGCCCGGUGAGAAUCCUAAAAACCAGGCUGGUCCCACAGUCACAGGGAUUCCAUGGGAAUGGGGAUUCCAUGGGAACGGGGAUCCCAUGGGAAUGUGGAUCCCUUGGGAAUGGGGAUUCCAUGGGAAUGGGGGUUCCAUGGGAAUGGGGAUCGCACAGGAAUGGUUCUCCAGUCACAGGGAUCCCGUGGGAAUGGGGGGUCCCAGAAUCACAGGGAUCCCACAGGAACAGGAAUCCCAUGGGAAUGGGGAUCCCAUAAUCACAGGGAUCCCACAGGAACGGGGAUCCCAUGGGAAUGGGGAUCCCAGAAUCACAGGGAUCCCACAGGAACGGGGAUCCCAUGGGAAUGGGGGUCCCAGAGCCACGGCGGGCGGGUGUUCCCGAUGUCCCCGGAGCUGCCGCUGAGUGGGGGCCCUGCCCCAUCCCCCGAGCACCCCAAAUCCGCCCGCGGGGAGCGAUCCCUGCUGGGCUGGGGAGGGCUCAGGGAUUGUCCCGGGGUUCCCCCCGAGGGAGGGCUCGGGGAUUGUCCCGGGGUUCCCCCCCGAGGGAGGGCUCAGGGAUUGUCCCGGGGUUCCCCCCGAGGGAGGGCUCAGGGAUUGUCCUGGGGUUCCCCCGGGAGGGCUCAGGGAUUGUCCCGGGGUUCCCCAGGGAGGGCUCAGGGAUUGUCCUGGGGUUCCCCCGGGCCGGGGAGGGGGUCUGGGGGGGCUGCCGGGGGUCUAGGCCCCGUAGUGGGGGUGCAGGUUGUCAAUGACGGACUUGACGAAGUCGGAAGUGGUGGAGUAACCGCCCAAAUCCCGAGUCCGGACCUGCAAAUCCAACAG